AUGACCUUGAAGAGCGAUUCGAAGUCGCGCACGGACGUCGCUGUUAGAAAGAGUGUAGGGAAAGUCAGAAAGGAAGGAAGGGAAAUGAUGGGAACUAUGAAAGAAGAGAGGAAUUGGAUCUGGAACGGCUUCAGCAUAGCGUCAAGUCGUCUGGUUCGUUUGGAGAUUUCAAUCGAAGGAAGAAGGUUAGGGUUGAGGAGAAUGAGAAACGAAAUGCAAGGAUCCUGGGUUGUAAGACGCGGGUUAAGCCUGGCCUCUUUAGUUUUCGCGGUUAGUGUGAGUGAAAUAGAAGCACUGUAUGAAUUGUUUAAGAAGAUCAGCAGUGCAGUGAUUGAUGAUAGACUCAUCAACAAGGGUCCUUCUGAAGUUGGAAUUGGGAAUUUUGAAAACAGUCUUAUGGAAGAAAAUAUGCUGUCACUCUUGAAUUAUCAGCAUUGA